AUGUUUCGUCUAUUCACUGUCCUAUCACUGUUUUCUUUCGAUUCGCUGGUCUUCGCCUGGUUUUUCAAUUUGGUAGGGUUUUUUACCUUCUUUUUUUGGUACCUUUUAUUGGUGGUGUUCCUGACUGUAUUCUCAAAUAGGCAAAGGACCCUUUAGGGGCCCUUUGAGGGUCCAUUACGGGUUCAAAAAGGUUCCAUAAUCGCUCCUAAACGGUUCCCUUUUUACAGCCUUUUUCCGUCCUUUCAUCGACCUUUAUCCAACAUUUUUGGGCCCUUUUAAGAGCCACAAAAAUUUUUAAAUUGAUAAGGGACUGUGUAUGCACCAAAAUGUGCUACAGUAAUACAUUCGGAAAUCAUCAAUGGCCGACCCUUUCAGCACCAUUUUUUCACCCUUUUUUCACCCUUUUUUGAGCCUUUUAGCCCACCAAGUGAGAAAGGCUCAAUAACGGCCGCAAAACGGAACCCUUUUCUCAGCCAUUUUGCACCCGUUUUCCGCCCCUCCGGCUUUUAGGAGAAAAAAGUUAAGAUUUUUAAGAUCUUUAUCUUUUUUCCUUUUUUCAACUCAGGUCUUAUACUUUUUAAUAACGAUAAGAUUCCAUCACAACUGUGUGAGUAAAAAAAAUUUAAAAAAAUAUAAAAUUUUUGCAUCUGUUUUUGGUAAAAAUGGCUUUUUGCCCCGGUUUUUUUAACUUGCUAGGGAUUUUUUUACAUUAUUUAUUCAUUUUUUUGGUCAUCCCUGGGUAUAUUUUUUUCAAGUGGAGAUAUCAAAAAUCUCUCCCUUUUUUUAAAUUUUAUUUAUUUUUUUGAAUUUUUUUCCUUGCAUUUGCAAGUGGAAUCAGACUGAAAACUUUAAAAAAAAAAACUUGAAAAAAGCUCAUUUUCCGUGAGAAAAAUGACCACGUCUGAUUUGAAAAAUUGGGUCCUAGAACGAUUGAAAAAAUCUACAGUAACCUCCUUAUUUUUUUCGGAUUUUUUAAUCUACAGUAACCUCCUUAUUUUUUUCGGAUCCUUAUUUUAUUCGGAGAUUUCUGUGAUUUUUUCUUGAGCCAUUCUCCGUGCGACCAAAAAAUUAACCAUAUCUAUCAUUUCUCUAAUAAUAGAACAGAGAAAAGGUGAGAAAUAGGGCGUUGGAACGAAGGGAAAUUUGAUGGAUGAGGUCUUCGCAAGAAAUGAUUAUAAACGUGGGAUUUGAUGGGCUUGGGUGAGAUUUAUCAAACUAGAGACAUUUUUUAAUGAUAUGCAAUUUUUUGUGACACUGGGAAAACUUCAAGUGGCCACUAUAGAGGCCCGCCAAGGGCUACUGGGAGAGGACACUAUAGUGGCCGCUUUUUUCCGUUUUAGUGGCCACUUCAGUAGUUUUUCAUCCAGUAUUCCUUCCAGUAACUCUGAUAAUUUUAAAACAAACAGAUUGGACCAGUUAUGUUAAUCCAUUGACCCCUAAAGUGGCCACUCAAGUUUUUAGUGGUCUAGUAGUAACUUCUAUAGUGGCCACUAAUUUUCAACCUCUUAAGUGGCCACUAUUUUAACUACUAUAGUGACCACUAAAACGUCAAAACCCUAUAGUGACCCCUCAAAGGUUCUCAACUUUUUCAUGCUUUUAUUGGCCUUAGAAAAAAGGCUUUAGGGAUUUUUUUGUACGAGGCUCCGCUAGAACACAUCAGAGCAUUGUAGGGAAAGACUCCAUUUUUUAAAUUUCAAAAAAAAAUUUUGAAAAAGAUCCAUUUUUUCCUGUGAGAUGAGGACCGUGAAGGAUGCGUUUUUUCACCUUUUUUUUCUUUUCUUGAAAAAUAUUCCCCUGAAAAGCCUUUUGACUUAAUUUUAUCACAAAAUUUGAAGGCUCAUCGUAAUUUUAUAGGAAAGGGUCCUAAGACGAUCGGCUUACGGUAAGAUCUUAAGGAUUUUGAGCCUUUUGCUUCAAUUUUUUUAGUACGACACUCCGCUGGAACGCAUCCAAAUCUCGUUUGAAUUUUUUAAAAUUCUCUCCUGACAAGGAAAAUCCUAGCCUACAGUACCCUCCUCCAGACAACUUUUUUUCCUUCUGAGACCUAGAAAAACGAGAAACCAGCGAACGUAUCAAUGGAGUAUCAAAGUGCAGACGGUUCGUAAUGCGAUGACGCGUUUGAACUUUUGAACGGGUCCAACGGGACCAAUUUGGAGGUUUCAGCGACGCUGACAGUGGAUAGGGGCUAAAAUUCAAGGAGUUUCUUGAAAGUUUCGCUCUGGGAUUCUUCAAAGAAAGCUUGAAAAUUGGCCCCUUGAUUACGGUGACCUGAAGAUUCGGUAGAGUAAGUUCGCUCUAAUGCUAAUUCAAUAAAGGUACUUGGAUCUUGGUAACGCGAAUCGCUCGUGUCUGGGAAUUUCUAAUGGCAACUUUAGUAGCGUCAGCACUCUUAAGUGAUCCCUAGAACUGCUCAGAAACGUCCGGGGCGUUCGGUUUCCGUUACCUAGGUCCGAGGAGUUUAGUUGAAGUGGCUACAGUAAGCCGAAAGGACAUAGUUCUCUGUUAACUAAGAUUACAGUAACCUGAAGAUUCGGUAGAGUAAGUUAGCUCUGAAGCUACUUGAAAAAAUCUGAUUUAUUUGAGCACUGCUUUACGGAGCUCUGGAGCUACAGUAUACCAAAAGUACUGUACAUUUUUAAAAGCCACGUUUUGACUGUCAGUCCUAGGAGUACAGUAACCUGAAGUUUCGGUAGAGUAAGUUAGCUCUGAAGCUACUUAAAAUAAUCUAGUUUUUUUGAGCACGACUUGAAGGCUCUGAAGUUACAGUAAGCCGAAAUUACUGUGCAUUUUCAAAAGCCACAUUUGGACUGUCAGUCCUAGGAGUACAGUAACCUGAAGAUUCGGUAGAGUAAGUUAGCUCUGAAGCUACUUCAUACAACUGAUUUUUGUGGAAAACUACUGUAGGAGGCCCUGAAAUUACAGUAAGCCAAAAGUACGGUACAGACAAUUCAAAUCACGACUCAAAAUCCACACUAAACUUAGAUGGAACUAGCUACUUUUCCUGAAUUCUUGAAGAAUGGACGGAUAGAAAUCAUACUGUAGGGCUACUGUAGAAAAUGGUUUACCUCGGAAAUUUUCUUCUAGAGCUAAAAAGUGACGUUUCUGACGUCACCGAGGGUCGAAAGAAACUUCCUGGAAAUCUGCCAGAAUAUUGGAGCUUGAUACCAGUUAUCUUCAUCCACUGGAUCGAGGAGUUUUUGGGGUUAUUUUCACCCAAAAAAUGACUUUUUUUUAUUUGAACAAAACCAAUUUCCAGAACUGCAUGAACUCCCCGCAGUCGCCGUGCUUCACCCAACAAAGGCCACAGCUCCAGGCUCCGCCCUAUUAUGUCCCGCCGGCUCCGAUGUACGCCGUCGCUCCGAACUCUUACGUACUUCCUCCGUCGGGCUAUGCUCUUCCGCCGGCCUACGUGACUCCGCCCCCGGCUUACGUGACUCCGCCCCCGGCUUACGUGACUCCGCCCCCCGUCUACGUCACGCCACCACCGCCCAAGUGCUUUCUGAACGAUCAAGGUCAGUCGAUAAGAAAUUUUGCGAAGGCGAAAAAUUCUGACGUCUUUCUCUUGCAAUUUUUCGUAGAAGGGCCUUGAGAGGGGCUUUUUUUUGGGUUAUGACGUCACUUUGUAGCCCUAGAAUUGGCCUAAAAGCACUCUGAUGGUAAAAAAUAAGCCUUCUAUCUAGAAAUUUUCUUUCUUUUAAAGGACCUGAAGCUUUCUGAACGGUCAAGGUCGGUCGAUAAUCAGAAAUUGCUUCAUUAAGGGGCUUGAGAGAGCCUUUUUUGGGCUUAUGACGUCAUCCAAACAAUCUGAUGAAAGAACUGAAGUUUCUAGAAGGAUAUUUAAGAACUUAUUGGUUCUCUAAAACAUAAAAUAGAUCCCUAUGAAGCUUCUGAAGUUGCAGCCUGACUCACUCGCUUUUUUUCGACACCUUCUAGCUUUCUCAACGGUCAACCGAUGAUCAAGGAAAUUCUGCGGAGAUGUCUUCAGAGAGACAUUUUCGGCCUCGUGACGUCAUUUAGUCACUUUGAUCAGGAACUUGAAGCCUGGAAUUCUUACAAACUCCUACUUUAAAGGCUCAUAACUCGUAAAUAAGAUGUACUGCGAGAGAAUUUUUCCUUGUUCUGGAAUUAGGAGGCCCUAAAGUACACUUCAGAAAAGCUUUACCAAAUUUUUAACGGGAGGACGGGGGUGAAAACGUUCCCUUGUUUGAUAAUUUUUUUGAUUUUUUUGCUUCUUCCAAGAAAAAUAGAAGUCGUCGAAGGUUUUCUCGUGCUUCUGGAAUGAAUCAUUAAUUUUUUUUUUCUUGCCUUUAAGGACACAUAGGUACUUUUUAAAGAGCUUUUUCUACUCCCACACCUUUUUUGUAGUGACUCAAAGCUCUCAACUCUACUUGGUGACUUCCUGAUGCUUUCCCAAACUUCUACUAUCAUCCAAUAAAUUAAAAAACUACUUUGAGGAGAGUUCCUUAGACUUUUCUGUGAUUUCUUGACUUUUUAAUAGCUCUGGAAGCACUGGAAAGAACUAUGAAACAGUUCUGAAGUUUUUUCCACAAUUUUCAAAAGUCCUUUAGACCUCAACGAACUGUUUAUCGCUUCUAAUUUGACCAGAGUUGGCUCGAAUUCAGGCUUCAAAUGCUGCAACAGACAGCUCGACGCCCUGAUUCGAGAUCAAAUCGCCUUCACGCAGGAGCGAUGCAACAUGCAGCAUCUCACCAAUUCUGUUCAGGUUUGGAAAAGGCUUGGAAAAUAAUAAUUUUUUCGUUAGAACGCGGCCCAAGGUGUUUUCGGCCGCACUUUCGAGGGGAUCGUCGGCGGCUCCGGCGUCACUUCCAAAACCUAUUACACCGGGGAGCUUCAGUGCCAGAGGAGGACCCCCAGUGGGAAGGUAAUGACCCUUUUUCUUUGCCUUUGGAGGCUCCUUUUGAUAAUGGUUUUGAAGAUUUUUAGUGGUCUUUUCAAGGUUUUGAAGUUUUAAGUGGUCACUUCAGGGUUUUGUCGUUUUAGUGAACCCUAUAGUGGUCAAAUAAGGGGUCACUUAAGUGGCUAAAAACAAGGGUCAUCUCUAGAAGCCUUAAUGCAUCACUGGACCGCUUAAAUUUAAAAAAAAGUUGCUCUGCUGGCCACUAUAGUAGUCGCAUAAGUGACCACUUGAGUGGCCCCUUCAGAAAACUAUUCGGCCACUAAAACUAACACUAGACGCUUUCUAGAGGCUUUUUUAGGGGCCACUUUAGUGCUAUCUGCUUGAGAAACCUCUUAAGUGGCCACUAGAAUUUUCCCCCACACCUUUUUCGGUGGCUCAAGCCAGUCGUGAAACUACUAUCUUAGGAAUUCCAGAGUGGUCACUAUAGGGGUUAGGGAUCUCUAGAGGGCUGGAACAGUGGUCUCUAUAGGGGUUAAGGGGGAGGAAGCCUCUUAAAGGGCUGGAAAAAGAGACCCCUAUAGGGUUAAAAUUAAGGUGGUCUCUAUAGGGGUUUAAAGCUCAAGGGAACCCUAUAAGGGUCUUUCAAAUUUAUUUAAAAAUUGCUUUUUGUUCAUUUUUCCCAUGGAAAUGAUUUUCCGCUUAUAGUUCAUAAGAAUUAUCGACUAGCAUGUCCCCUAUAGGGACCACUUUCGCGAGCUCAAGUGGCCCCUCUAGGGAUUUCGCAUUGGGGCCCUAUAGGGACCACUCUGGAGUUCCUAAAGUAGUUUGAAGGAAAAAAAUAGUGACAAACUGACGGAGAAUAAGCUAUAAAAUUCCAUUUUCCAGAGCGUUCUGAUGUACGGUUCCGCAGUCAGUUACACACUGGGUCCGAACGGAUCGAGGCCCAUGACCCCGGAAGAAGAAGCCGAGAGGAAUUACCCGGCCUCCUGGCAACACAUGGACCCCUACGAUCACGCCGGAUUAUGA